AUGCUAAGCAGAACCUUUGUAUUGUUGAGAAAUUUAAACGCUUUGCGUAAUGGUGCCGUCUCUCAAAUUGCCGAAACCAAGCCAUUAGCCUACAGCACCACUCAACUUCAGGCCGCAUUUGCUAAGCAUUUCUGCUCCAACGUCAGUAACAUCCCCGUUGUUAGCUAUGAAGAAAUUAAACAAUUGCCCAAGCAACCGGAAAAGUUAUUAAUAGAUGUACGAGAACCCAAGGAACUACAAGAGACAGGACAAAUUCCCACCUCGAUUAACAUACCUCUGGGUGAGGUUGAAAAAGUGUUGGCUGGCAAUGUAGAUGCUAAGGCUUUCAAAGCUAAAUAUGGUCGUGAUUUUCCCUCUAAGAAUACUGAGAUAAUAUUCCAUUGUAAAAUCGGUAGACGUUCCCACAAUGCUGCAGAAAUUGCCAAGAAGCUGGGCUUUGAAAAUUGUAAAAAUUAUUUGGGUUCCUGGACCGAGUGGGCUGAAAAGGAGGGACUGCCAAAGUAG